AAUUCAACUUAAUAAUAAAUAAUGAGUUGAAUUCAAUUCAAUUACACCCUAUUGGACUGGUAGUUUCUCCGCAUAAAGCCCUUCCCUCCUUUGCCACGAUAAAAGCAAAGCACCCACCGUCGAUUCUCUCUCUCUCUCUCUCUCUCUCUCUCAUUCCACUAUCCCAUUUACAAUCGCACAACUCAUCACUCCAUUCUCUUCACUGUUUCAUUUACUCAUAUUUCAAUCUAAAACAAUUUAAAUCCCCCACCAAAAAAUGUCUGCACACAGAGACGAGCACCAGCAGCCCCUACUCGAAUCCCUCGACGAAGAGGAGCGGGCCUACGACGCCAAUGAGAAAGUCCACAUCAUCGGCCUCGACGAGGCCGGCGACGAGUUCUCCACCACAGCGCCGCCGUUCUCGUGGCGGAAGCUCUGGCUAUUCACGGGGCCGGGGUUCCUGAUGAGCAUAGCCUUCCUCGAUCCUGGGAACCUGGAGGGGGAUCUCCAGUCCGGGGCCAUCGCCGGCUACUCGCUGCUGUGGCUGCUCCUGUGGGCCACCGCCAUGGGCCUAUUGGUCCAGCUCCUCGCGGCGCGCCUCGGGGUGGUCACGGGGCGCCACCUGGCGGAGCUCUGCCGGGAGGAGUACCCCAAUUGGGCGAGGCUGCUGCUGUGGAUCAUGGCUGAGCUGGCGCUCAUUGGUGCUGAUAUUCAGGAGGUCAUUGGCAGCGCUAUUGCGAUUAAGAUUCUCAGCCAGGGCGUUCUGCCGCUUUGGGCCGGUGUCAUUAUAACCGCUCUUGACUGCUUCAUCUUCUUGUUUCUGGAGAAUUAUGGUGUGAGGAAAUUGGAAGCGCUUUUUGCUGUGCUUAUAGCAACAAUGGCAAUCUCCUUUGCUUGGAUGUUUGGCGAGACGAAACCUGAUGGUCGUGAGCUUAUGAUUGGUAUAUUGGUUCCAAAGCUAAGUUCGAGUACCAUAAAGCAGGCGGUAGGAGUGGUGGGCUGCGUGAUAAUGCCUCACAAUGUUUUCUUGCACUCUGCACUGGUGCAGUCUAGAGAAGUAGACAAUCGCAAGAUAGGCAGAGUGCGUGAAGCUCUCAAGUACUACUCGAUUGAAUCUGGCAUUGCCCUGGCCAUCUCAUUCAUGAUAAAUUUAUUUGUUACAACAGUUUUUGCGAAGGUAUUUUAUGGCACAGAACAGGCAAAGACUAUCGGGCUCGUGAAUGCAGGGCAGUAUCUUGAAGAGAGGUAUGGUGGAGGGUUGGUCCCCAUUUUGUACAUAUGGGCUAUCGGUUUGCUUGCUGCCGGGCAGAGCAGCACUAUAACCGGCACAUAUGCUGGACAGUUUAUUAUGGGAGGAUUUCUGAACUUGCGGUUGAAGAAAUGGAUGAGGGCACUGAUAACACGAAGUUGUGCCAUCAUCCCUACUCUGAUUGUUGCGCUUGUUUUUGACACAUCCGAUGCCUCAUUGGACGUUCUAAACGAAUGGCUUAAUGUGCUACAGUCGGUCCAGAUCCCUUUUGCUCUUAUUCCUCUCCUUUGCCUGGUGUCAAAGGAGGAAGUCAUGGGCUAUUUCAAAAUUGGGAGACUUCUUCAGAUUGUAUCGUGGAUGGUGGCAGCUCUGGUGAUCUUGAUCAACGGAUAUCUUCUGGUGGACUUCUUCUCUUCUGCAUUGAGCGGCGUGUUCUUCAUGAGUAUAGUUACAACUUUCUCGGCUGCAUAUAUCUGCUUCAUCAUAUAUCUUGUGGCGAGGAGCUUAAGCUUUUCAAGAUUAUACGCACAAGCCAAGACGAUUUUGGGUUCAUAAUCAAUCAUCUAUCAGCCAUUCAUAUCAUAUGUAUUAGCAGCACGAUUGAGCAGCACGCGCCUGCAAUGCUGGAGCAAAAGCCUUUUGAUCUGCACUCUCUCUUGAAAAGAAAGCAUAUUGAUGGAGAAGAGGUAUUGAAUUAAUUAGCUUCUCUUUCACACAAGUUGAUCCCAUCUUGUUUUGGAUGUCCAAAGCCUUGUAUCUAUUACUAGGUUAUUAAUUAUCCAACAGUAUUUAUUACUGUUGUAUCAGCUUCUUUUCUACAAGUGUUAAAUUCUCACAAAAACAAGUGAGUUGUACUUUGAAAAAGGUAAAAUGUAGCUUCAUCUUUA